AUGUCAGAGGAUCAAUUUUCAGCAGCUUCAUCAGACUCCAAAAAGAACAACGUAGUUGUUAAAGUUGGUAUGGUCGGUGAUUCUCAAAUCGGUAAAACAUCAUUGAUGGUAAAAUAUGUAGAGGGUACAUUUGAUGAAGAUUACAUUCAAACACUUGGUGUAAACUUUAUGGAAAAGACCAUUUCGAUUAGAGGUACAGAGAUUACAUUCUCUAUUUGGGAUCUUGGAGGUCAACGUGAGUUUGUCAAUAUGUUGCCAUUGGUUUGUAACGAUGCCGUUGCCAUUCUAUUCAUGUUUGAUCUUUCUCGUAAAUCAACUCUUAAUAGUGUCAAGGAAUGGUACAGACAAGCUAGAGGCUUCAACAAAACUGCCAUUCCAUUCUUGAUUGGUACCAAAUACGAUGUUUUUGCUACUCUACCUGCUGAAGAUCAAGAAGAAAUCACUAAACAAGCUCGUAAAUUUGCUAGUGCAAUGAAAUCACCAUUGAUCUUUUGUUCGACUUCACAUUCGAUCAAUGUUCAAAAGAUUUUCAAGAUUGUCAUUAGUAAAGCUUUCGAUUUGAAUUGUACAAUUCCAAAGAUUAUUAACAUUGGUGAACCAUUAUUAGAAUAUUAA